AUGGGGGAAAGCGGUAUUGGGACUGCGAAUGCGGCCGCCUUGCACACAGCAAUCAACUCCGUACAAGCGCUCGGGAGAGGGUUCGAUGUCAACUUCGAUACCCGCUUGUUGUACUGCAAAGGAAUAGGUGGCUCGAGGUUACUCCAGAUUGACCAGGAUAGUACCAGAGAUCUCUUUCUCUACGACGACGUUGUUGUCCCCCACGUUUCCAGGGACAUCAGGAACUCUCCUGGCUCUCAUGGUCGCCAGAGCUCUGGAGUCUGCACUUUCUCUGAGAUGGUGGAGUAUUUCAAUAAAAAGACCGAUCUAUCAGGAAGUUCUCCUCUUGGUAGCUUCAAUUCUGCGUUUAGCUUUAGUGGUUCCAAGCACAUUGAUGCUGCAAUGACUAAGACCCUCUCCAUGGAUGGAUAUUACAUUCCCCUUGCCAAGGUCGAGCUUUUCAGAUCACCAUUACUGUUGCAAGACAAUGUGAAACGGGCUGUGCCAACUAGCUGGGAUCCUGCUUCAUUGGCUAGCUUCAUUGAAACUUUUGGCACACAUGUUAUUACUUCUGUCACUGUUGGUGGCAAGGAUGUUAUAUAUGUUAAACAACAUCAAUCUUCAGCUUUGUCAAAGAUGGAGAUGAAAAAUUAUGUCCAAGAUAUUGGAAAUCAAAGGUUCUCUGACACAGAGGGUCACACGAGUUCAGGCCCAUUGAAGAUCAAGGAUAAGAGUGCUGAUGCUGGAAUCUUUAACAGCCAGGGCAUAUACCCACAACCCACCAGUGCACCAUAUCUGUCCGGGAAAGAGGACGUGACAGUCAUUUUCAGAAGGAGGGGUGGAGAUGAUCUGGAACAAAGCCAUACCAGAUGGGCAAGAACUGUGCGUUCUUCUCCAGAUGUGGUUCAUAUGACUUUCGUUCCCAUAACCGAUCUUCUUAAUGGAACUCCUGGAAAGGAUCACCUAGCUCGAGCAAUCAGUCUAUAUCUUGAAUACAAACCUCAGAUUGAAGAGCUGAGGUAUUUUCUGGAGUUUCAGAUACCACGGAUAUGGGCUCCUGUACAUGACAAAAUUCCUGGCCACCAACGGAAGGAACCUGUUUGUCGGUUUCUGCAUUUCAGCAUAAUGGGGCAAAAGCUGUAUGUUAGCGAGGAGCAGGUAUCAGUAGGACGGAAGCCAGUAACAGGGUUAAGGUUAUGCUUGGAAGGAGCCAAACAGAACCGACUGAGCAUUCACGUUCAACACUUGGUAUUACUUCCCAAAAUCCUCCUCCCCUACUGGGACACACAUGUGGCGAUUGGUGCUCCCAAGUGGCAGGGCCCCGAGGAGCAGGACAGCCGAUGGUUUGAGCCGGUUAAGUGGAAGAACUUCUCCCAUGUCAGCACCGCACCGAUAGAGAACCCUGAGAGCUUUAUAGGCGACAAUGUCGGGGUUCAUGUGGUCACGGGAGCACAGCUUGGAGUGUGGGAGUUUGGGUCGAGAAAUGUUUUGUACAUGAAGCUUUUGUACUCACGGUUGCCAGGGUGUACAAUACGGAGGUCGCUGUGGGACCAUUGUCCCAGUGAUAACAAGGUGAAGAAAGUUACAACCACUGUAAAUAGCAGCAGCAGCAGCAGUGCAGGAGGGGAUUCAAGCUCGGAGAACACGGCAGUGGGUAAGAAGUUGGCGAAGUUUGUGGAUAUGUCAGAGAUGAGUAAAGGGCCGCAGGAUCCGCCAGGGCAUUGGUUGGUGACCGGUGGCAAGUUGGGAGUGGAGAAGGGGAAGAUCGUGUUGAGAGUAAAGUACUCUCUGCUGAAUUACUGA